AAACUCGUUAGUGCUCACUUAAAUUAUGUUCAUUAAACUAUUGUGCUUAAUAUUACUCUGUCGGGCUCUCGCUUACGCAAAGUCUUGGAAGCCGACCGUUUAUCAGAAGAUACGCCAGACGCCAAAACUUGGUCAGUUUCUAGCCCUAAUCGAAAGUAAUCGAUCGUCGAAACUUAAUCUUCAAUAUGGCGAGUUGACUGUUUUCGCCCCAACGAACGAGGCCUUCGAAUGGUAUUCCGGUAGACAGUUGAACGAUGUCAUCAAUUAUCAUAUGGUAUGGUACGCCAAGGAGACCAAGGAUCUGGAAGAUGGAUUUCUAACAACCGUCGCAGAGGAGAAUCCCCCUGUUUGGAUAACGAAACUAGAGGACGAAACUUACGUGAAUAAUGCGCGAAUUAUACCCGACCUCUCCGACUAUCGCUCCGAAAAUAACAAUGUUCCAAGCAAAUCGCAAGUUCUGCAUGUAAUCGAUGAGGUUUUAAAUCCGAUUGUGAGACGAGCGGCGCUUGGAGUCGAAAAUCCUACAGCAUUCGAGCUACUCUCGCGCACUAAACUGUGGGAUUUAGGACACCACAAAGUAGAUAUUUUUUACAGGAAGGUCCUGAUACAUCGACAAGAGAACAUCCUGAAAGGGUGUGAUGGUUGUACCUUUUUCAUCCCAGUAGAUGAGGGUUUUACAGACUAUCGCCAGCAACUGUUUGACGUCAACGUGCUUGCCGCACAUAUUAUACCAAAACGUGUGCUAUUUACUCGACCCGCACCUAAAGACUUGCCCUUCGAAACUCUAGCCGCUGGUGACGAUCUCUACGUUGUAAUUUUACUAUCGAGGAGCGAAGGUAAACUGUUUAUCAAAAGCCACACGUUAAUCGAAGACGCAAACCACCCGACUGGAGAAAUUAUAACAGAAAUCGUCAUACCGAAUAUUCCGGUCAAAAAUGGCGUGGUACAUCUCAUAAAACGACCGUUAGUGGUUUUUGAUCGCAAGCUCACGAUAUUUCCGUAUCUGAGCAUUAUGGAUAAGGUUAUGACGGACAUCUUUCUAAACUACUCCUACACUUUAGGCGAGCUCACGCAGUUCAACAAAGUGCUACAGAGCGACCAACUCAUGACUUACUUUAUACCGCGCGACAAAGCGUGGAGAAACCUACAAAAUUUCCUGGGGCUCAAUCGUACAUACUUUGAUCAAUUUGUAUUAAAGUACGGUAGAUCGAUAUUAAACCGCCAUCUUGUGACGUCGAACGUCUCGUAUAGCAUGGAAGACUUUUGGAGGAGGACCAACCACACCAACACGGCAAAUGUGAACUUACCGACCCGUGGGGGUAUAUUACGAGUCGGUGUAUUAGAGGUUGACGGACAGUAUACCAUCUACUGGAGGAAUAAAUUUAUACCAGUACAUCGAGCAAACUACCUGUGCAGCAACGGAAUCAUUCACAUCAUUGACGAUUUAUUUGUCAACGAGGAAGACCUGCACGUAUCGGACAUCACGGACGAUCCCAGUGAUACGAAUCCCCUUAAGUUUUUAAACAUACUCAUGCGUAUUACAUUGUAAUAUUGCGAAUAAAAGACUGAUUGCA